GUCUCCGGAGCCGCAGGCGCAGGCCCAGGCGAGCCGGCCGCCGAGCGGGUGCGGGUUCCGGUGCGGGUGUGGGUGCGGGCGCAGCGGCCAUCAACCGCGCGGCUGCGCACCGGCCACCGUGCGCACCGUUCCGGAGACGCCCCGCGAGUGGGGGAGACCGCGCAGCCCGAGGCCAUGCCCCAUGAGAAGAGUUUCCUGGUGUCUGGGGACAACUACCCUCCCCCCAACCCCGGAUAUCCUGGGGGGCCACAGCCCUCCAUGCCCCCCUACCCUGGGGCCCCUUACCCGCAACCCCCUUUCCAGCCUUCUCCAUAUGGCCAGCCAGGGUAUCCCCAGGGCGCCGGCUCCUACCCCCAAGGGGGCUACCCCCAGGGCCCCUACCCCCAGGGGCCCUACCCCCAAGGGGGCUACCCCCAGGGGCCGUAUCCACAGAGCCCCUUUCCCCCCAACCCCUAUGGACAACCCCAGGCCUUCCCGACGCAGGACCCUGGCUCACCUCAGCAUGGAAACUAUCAUGAGGAGGGCCCCCCGUCCUACUACGACAACCAGGACUUUCCUGCCAUCAACUGGGAUGACAAGAGCAUCCGCCAGGCCUUCAUCCGGAAGGUGUUCCUCGUGCUGACCCUGCAGCUGUCCGUGACGCUGUCCACUGUGGCCGUGUUCACCUUUGUCGGGGAGGUGAAGGGCUUCGUCCGGGAGAACGUGUGGACAUACUACGUGUCCUACGCCGUCUUCUUCAUCUCCCUCAUCGUCCUCAGCUGCUGUGGAGACUUCCGGCGAAAACACCCCUGGAACCUCGUGGCACUGUCCAUCCUGACCAUCAGCCUGUCCUACAUGGUGGGUAUGAUCGCCAGCUUCUACAACACGGAGGCAGUCAUCAUGGCCGUGGGCAUCACGACAACCGUCUGCUUCACGGUGGUCAUCUUCUCCAUGCAGACCCGCUACGACUUCACAUCGUGCAUGGGUGUGCUCCUGGUGAGCAUGGUGGUGCUGGUCAUCUUCGCCAUCCUCUGCAUCUUCAUCCGGAACCGCAUCCUGGAGAUCGUGUACGCCUCGCUGGGCGCCCUGCUCUUCACCUGCUUCCUGGCAGUGGACACCCAGCUGCUGCUGGGCAACAAGCAGUUGUCUCUGAGCCCAGAGGAGUAUGUGUUUGCUGCGCUGAACCUGUACACGGACAUCAUCAACAUCUUUCUGUACAUCCUCACCAUCAUCGGCCGCGCCAAGGAGUAGCUCACGCUGGGGGCCCCGCUCGGGUGGCCUGGCUGGCCUGGACCCUGCCCCUGGUGUGGCAGUGCCAUCGUACCUGCCUGCUCUCAUCCCUGGGCACAGCCUGGGACCGAGGGCCCCUCUCCAACCCUCCUGUGUGUACACUGCAGAUACUUCUGUUCGGACCCGCCGUGGCCAACGUGGCCCCUUCUCGCCCUCCGGCCCCGCCAAAGGGCAGUGGGGCCCGGUUUCCGUGCCACCCCAUGCCUACUCACUGUUGCAUGAGCCCUGUCUGCCAGCCCACCCUAGGGUCUGGGGGCAAUACCAGGUCCCAGGGGAGAGGGGCCGAGCCAAGAGGUGAGGGUGCACGUGUCCCCUCCCAUUCCUGCCCCCCAGCCUGGCAUAGAGUACCCAGUCCCCCCCCUCCCCUCCCCUCCCCUGCCCUGGAGUGCUGCCCUCAUCCCUGUGCUGAGCCCUGAGGGCAGAGAGGAUGAGCCUGUUUCGGGGGAGGAGGAGGCCUUCUUCUUGUCUUGUUGUCUAAAAUUCCAAUAAAUGGGACUUUGUGCUCUC